CGCUCUUUACAUUCGCUCGUUUUCUUUACACUUUUUUUUAAUAAUCGGGUUGUCGUUCGUGAGCUGCUUGGCCCUCACAAGAGUACGAACAUUUCUUCAACACGUUCAUUUCGAUUAAUACGCGCGCGAUAUGCAUUUCUCCAGCCUCCGCGGCGCAUUUGCUGUUCUCUUAAUCGCAUACUUUAGCGCAGAUGUUGCCGCGAUUUCGGGUGAUGACCUUGAGACGCAUCGGCUGCUGCGAGCGGCUACAAAACGAACAGAUCUAUAUCGAAGGGGUGUGAGGAUCACCAAAAGAUUCGAGUCUGAGUUGGCCUAUGUGGACAAUGAGAACGUCUGGAAUGACAAGUCUACAUUUGCUUCACAGGUCAAAGUCAGCGGGCAGAAACCACUACUCAAUCUGGAAGAACAUGAACAUCACCUGAGAGACGUACAGUGUGGGGAUGAUAUGAUGAAGCUACACUUUGUGGAUACUUCUUCAGCACGAGACGCCCGAGCGGCCUGUCAUGACGCUGAUGGUGGUUUGAUCAUCACAUCCCACGAAGGCUGUAAUGAUGAGGGCGAGCGAUCAGUAUAUCGGGUCAAUGACGUGUCGUUCGCUGAGGACGGUGAAGCCCUUGAGCUGUCCGUCUCAAAGACAACAUGGCGAGCAGCGUUUGACCAUGUCGACAUCUCUUUCGGCCACACGACAGACGAUCACGUUUACCGGCGCCACUCCGAUUUCGCUAGGAUUCGUAACAAGCGACAGAACAAGGUCGACAUACCGGCAGAUACUCCUGACGAUGUCAACACUGUUUCUUUCGACCUAUCAUCGGAGCUUCUCGAUACCACUUUCCCGGUCGAAGCCUUCCUAUCGGGUAUUGCUGGCCUUGUUGGAGCACCUGAUGUACCGUUGCCGAUCGAGAUUGGAUGCAAGCGAUGCGCAACAAGUGGGCAGAUCGCCCUCUCGCAGGGUGCCUUCAACAUCGAUCUUUCCCAAAUCGAUCUCAUUCCGGACAUUUUCGAAGGCGGCGACGACGGCAAGGAAAUCUCGCAUGUCAUCAGUGGUGGUUUCGUAGAGCUUGUGGCGACUGGUGUUGGUGCAACACUGGACUUGUUCGCUAGACCGCCCAGCUCUGGGAAAUUUGAGGUCGCUCUAUUCCAACUUCCUAUUGCUGGGUUUACAAUUCCAGGUAUUGGAAAGGCUGGAGCUAUCUUUGAGCCGAGGCUCGCCUUUGACUUUGAGAUCAGUGGUACGCUUGAAGUCAACUACGGACUCCAGCUUACGGUCCCUGAUGGUUCCAGUAUCCGAGUUGAGCUUACGGAUCUCGCCAGCAGCCGCGUCACUGGCUUCCAGGAAACAAGUCUCACUCCGCUGCCCGUCAACGUCAACAUAACUGAUGCAGAAAUCUUGCUUGGUCUCGCGUUUAUUCCUGCCAUUCCGAUCGGCUUUGAUUUUCUGGAUCAGCUGAAGGCUGAAGUCACGCCAUCUUUGAAUUUACCUCGUCUGGACGCGAAGCUGUCCAGCAACAUCCCGGAGAACUGCGGUGCCGCCGGCAACAGCAGCAAUGCUACAGUACCGGAUGCGCCAUUCGCGAACCAGACAUCAGGAUUUCCACCCGAACUCCUCAGCCUGGGCCCUCUUGCUUUGGUCGAAGCAAAUGUUUCCCUUUCCAUCGAUAUUGCUCUUGAUGUUUCGAUACCAAUCCUUCCACCACCUUUCAAUGCGGUCAGUGUCCAGGAGAACAUUUUCACUGCAGUCUUUCCUCUACUAUCAGGCUGCGCAGCGCCUGAUACUGCUUUCAACAACGUCACAGGCGUCAUUGUGCCUCCACCUCCCCCGAUGAUGGUCGAAGCUACGUCCACAGCGCCGAAGUUGGAAGCCAACAUGACCGCGGCGCCAAAGCUAGAAGCCAACAUGACAUCUUUGUUCAGCUCCACCGUAUUAGGAACGCCAGUUGCUGAUAAUACGGCGAAAACUACAGCAACUAUUGCUAGUGAGAUGGCCGCGGCCCCCACUUUGAUGCCAAACGUUACCUUCAUAUUCGCCAGUGACGUGGUCCCGUCCUCUGCAGAGCCGAUUGCUACCUCGACACCGAUGAGUAGCACCAUGUCUACGACUUUGCUCUUGAACACCACUUCCAAUGCGAUGAGUAGUAUGGUGUCUACGACUGCUGCUCUGAACACCACCUCCACUUUGGCAAGCAGCACCGCAGACGCGACGUCGCUGUUGAAUACUACUUCGACGAUGGCGAGCGAGGUAGUCUCUACGUCUUGUACUACUUCCCUGCUGAAUUCCACUUCGACUCUGAUCAGCUAUGCUGUCUCCACGACAUCAUCGGCAGCUACUACAACAACCCCGGCUUUGGAGUACACCACGUCAGCAACGUCGUCGCUGAACACUACAACGCCAUACGAGAGCACUUCGACCGUGGAAGUCACAAGCAUAGCUUACGUUACUUCCAAGGUGACCGCAGAAAUCACUGUGACUGCUUCCGAAAGCGCGUCGUCAGCUGCUGGAGCCUCGAGCUCUGCCCUUCUUACAUCGGAAGCUGCGACGAGCAACGCAACAUCUAUGGCUUCGAGCACGGCUGUCCAAUCUUCGGCUGAAGUCCCCGCUUCGUCGAUGGAAACAUCGACUGAAUCUACAUCGCAGGCUUCGUCUGCAUCGCCAUCUUCAUCGUUUAUUCCCACCUUCAACAUAUCGAGUUCAGCAAGCCCAGCCUCUUUAGCUUCGUCGAGUGCACCCGAAACGUCUCUCGCAAUUUCGUCCUCCGUCGCUUCGACAACACCAGUCGCGUCCGCACCGGCUGUCGCGACCGAAAACCUGCCGCCGCCGGCACCGGUAGUUACUAUGGCGGCUGGCUUCUUGGUCCCGAGUAAUGCCAGCGCUGCGCCUGUACAGCAGACGCCUCCUUUGGAGUUCACCGGUGCUGCGGUCAGGCAUGCACCCGAGGUGAGGGGUAUGUUCGGCUGGCUGGUGGGUGUGGUGGGCUUUUGUUUGGUAGGGCCAUUGUUGUAAUCUUAGUUCACUCCUACUCAUGUAGCAAAAACA